UCUGAGACGUUUCAGGCGCAGUCAACAAUCAAUCAUCGACAAGCUAGCGUAUGAAAAAGUGCAAGGACAUAAAAGGCAGGCUAUGUCUUUUAUCAGAUGCCGCAUUAAUCAGAUGAUCACCCGAAGCGACGCCGACGGCUGCACAUGGCAGGAAGUUGAGCAGAUGAGCUGAGAUGACCCUGUGGAGAUGCGUUGUCGCACUUCUCCUCAGCAUCCAGCGACGCGGCCCGCUCCUCGCCGGCUGCCAAGUCUUUGACGCCAGCCUGGGCAACGUGAGCGUGGAGCCGCCUUCGCCCUUUGCGCUGGGCUCCGACCUGACGGUGUACUGCCACGUCGCGGCUUGCCAGUGGAGGUCCAAAAUCACCUUGAUGUUCAACGAGAUGCCCGUGGGUCUCUGGAAGAGGGACACGUGCAGCCCGGCGAUAUUCCGCCUGUCCAACGUGCGGCUGCCGCUGUCCGUGGUGCAGUGCACGCUGCAGAAAGACGGACAGUCGUAUCUCGUCGGCGGAGCGGACCUGCUUGAAAGUGAAAGGGGGUUUCAACAGAAAGAGCAAAAAACAGACUUUUUGAAGUUCUCCCAUCAUGUUGAAGUCCCCCCAGAUAAACCCCGAAACGUCACCUGUGCCACCACAAGGCAGUCAGACCGGGUGGAGUGCUCAUGGUGGCGAGGACGCGACGCCCACAUUCCCACUUCCUACAACGUGUCGCUCAGCAGGGCACAACGCACCAUCGCUCGUUUCAACCUGAGUCAGGACGACCGCCGCCGCCUCGUCAUAAAUUCAACUCUGUUUGAUGCCAACGAAACAUAUCAGCUGAUCGUCACUGCUAGCAACCACUUGGGAGCCGUCCAGUCUGAUCCAUUUACGUUCAACCUCAACGAUAUCGUCGUGCCACAGAGCCCUCGCAUCGAGCACGUCGACUUCGGGAAUGACUCCACGUCAGCGGCCAUCUUGCGGUGGAAGACCCUGGAUCCUUUACGACACCUCCGAGCCUCCGUCAGACUCCGCCAGGCUAACGGCCCCUGGGGCGUGAGGGGCGCCGUCGGGCUCGGCGAGGAUGCCGUACGAGUUGACGGCCUGGAACCUCUGACGGAGUACGAGUUCCAGAUGAGAACAUGUAACUCCACGGGUCAGCGGUCGCUCUGCAGCCAAUGGAGUCCAUCGGUGACGAGGCGAAGCCCUGGAAAAGGCCCGUCUAAGCCGCUGAGUGCUUGGAGGACGUUGCGCAAUCACAAGACCAGUUCGCUGCAGACGGUGACUGUGUUAUGGAAGGCCCUACCUCCGGACCAGUACAGUGGAGAAGUGGAAGGUUACCAGAUCUCCCUGGGCCGGGAUCCCAAACAGGAAGUGAGCUGUGGCGCCUCUCUGAGCCAGUGUUCCCUUCAGGUGCCGGCAGACGUUCCUGCUCUGGGGGUCAGUGUCGUCACCACUUUCGGAAGGUCGCCCCCUGCAGAUGUUCUCCUCACACUGUCAGGUGACCCCGGGCCUGCUGUCAGGCUACUGGCACCUGUCGCUAACGGCAGCGCUGUUCUGGUCUCCUGGUCGGGGACAGAACUGGGGCUGGGGCCCAGACCAGGAAGAAAAGAAAAACCAGAGUACUACGUGACGGAGUGGACGAGUGUGCCCGUGGGCGAGCUGCAGUGGCAAAAAGUGACAAACGAUAAAGACAACAUCACCAUCACAGGUCUGAUGGCGGGUGUGAGGUACAAGAUCUCUCUGUACGCUGUAACCGGCAGGGGCGUCAGCGCACCAUCUUCUGUCCUGGUCUACUCCAAAGAACUCGUACCAAUCUCUGGUCCCCUUGUGUCAGUGCUGAUCCACAAGACCGGACGGAUUCAGAUCCAGUGGGACGACCCCGCGGUGGAGCAGCAGCGAGGCUUCAUCACCAACUACACCGUAUAUCUCCGGAAGAUGGACGUCCGCAGCGAAGAACUCUCAGUGACACUGUCCGCGUCCGGUCCCAGAGCGACAUGGCUGGAUUGUCCCGAAGGAUCGCUGGUUCUGCAGAUGUCCGCCUCCACCUCAGCUGGAGAAGGCCAGCGUGGGAACGUGAUCUCCUCUCAGCCCGUGGACACUGCAGUUGGACUGGCCGCGCUGGUGUUCACCAUCGUGGUCUUCAGUGCGGUACUGGUCCAGCUCCUGUGUUGGCGCUGUGUGAGGAAAAGGAUGAAAGAGACGUGUGCAUCCUGGUUGGUUCCAAGUCUGCCCAAAGCAGGAAAUAGCCGAGCCAUCAAACUACUGCAGCUGGAUAUAAGUGAGCCGUCCUUCUCGUAUACCGACAGCGACCCCCCGCUGUCACCCCUCAGUUGCAUCUCCGAUGAGGACGUGUACCCCUCCGUUCCUGACGACGAGCCCACAACGCAGACAUCCUUGCUGGAGACGGUCGCUAUGGCGACGCUCACAGAUGGAUAUAAACCUCAGUUGGCCGGAGCGGCACAAGGAGCCCAGACAGCGGAGUUGGACGAGGGGUCGGGGGAGUGGACGGAAGAGGACACACAUUCAGGUGGAUUCGGGUUGCUGGUUAACUUCCUCGCUGUUGUGGAGUCGGAUUCCUCCGAAACGCACGCCAACUCGAGAUGGGAGGCUGAAAGCGUCGUGGGAGACGACGUCGCCGCUGUGGUUUUAAAGGAACUUCGUGACGUCGUGGGUCCUCGUGAUGCCGUUUGCUGCUAUCGGUCUCCAGUGGAUGCCGGGCACACCAGCGGAUACGUUCCACAAAGCGCUGGUGGAUGCUCUCAGCCUGCUUGCCGGCAGUAACCAGGGAACCCGACCCCCGGUAAAGUCAGCCAUGCGGCAUUACAGCACCUUUCUUUUAACCACGUGCUGAAACAUCAUGUGACACAAACGUACACGUACACCCUCUUUUACGGCCCCAGCCAUCAUAAACACAAAGUAGUAUGCCUUCUUUAUCAAUGGAAAAUUGUGAGUGUGAAUGGUUGUUUGCCUAAAUGUGCCCUGUGAUUGGCUGGCCACCAGUCCAGGGUGUACCCCGCCUCUCGCCCCAAGACAGCUGGGAUAGGCUCCAGCACCCUUGUUCUAUUUUCCUAAUUCCUUUGCUAGCUAUUGUCUCAUCAGUGUCACCUCGCUGACAUGUGACCAGCGUAGAAUAUUAAUAAUAAUAAUAAUUGAAAAUUAAUAAUUGUAUGAAUGCAAUAUGAACAUGAAUUCAUAUGAAUAUAAAAAUGUCAGUGUAACCCCUCGUGAGGAAAAGCGGUAUAAAAUGAAUGAAUGAAUGGAAAAAAUCUGUUUACUAACUUUCGAAUCCGCUUUGUAACAUUAUUAGAGGCCUCCAAACAUGAAAUAACACCCCUAUAGUCACCUUUACACUCCUACUCACCAAUAUAGUAGACAUAAUAAAUAGAAAAGACUCCUACUUCCCCGUGUUAGGUUGAUUUUUAUUCAGGAUUAUUGUGUCUGUUGUGAGCUGCAAUAAAAGCUCGUGGUUCCGCCAAAAACCAAGUCCGGUGCUUGUGUAUCUCAGCCGACAUUACAGUACCAUUACUGAGUGAAUCGUCGCAACCUCUUUCGGUGUAGUUGUAUUUUACUUCAUUUAGACAAUGAAAACAAUGGAACAUUUGCCGUACAUCAGGGGUCUCAAACACGCGCGGCCCGCGGGCCAAAUGUGGCCCGCAGGACACUAGUUUGAGACCCCCCGCCUUGAUAUGAAAGUUUAAUGUUUGAUAUGGAUAUGGUAUCAUGUACCCAGAAAAAAAUGAUUACGUUUGAUUCAUGUUCAUGUUAAAGGUUAAAUAACUGUUAAUAGUUAUCCUCCCUAUAUGUGUGGAAGUGGUA